AUGUAUAUGAAAAAGAGUCAACUGUCUCCUUUCAUAUUCGGUUUUGUUACUUCUCUCAUUACUUUCCUUUACUCUCACUUUUUUUUUCCAAUUACCUUUCUUUCAUUCUUUCUUUAUUUAUUUAUUUUACUCUUUUCUUUUGCUUAUAUUUUUUUUUGCUCUAUUUUUUUUCUUUUUUCUUUACUAUAUUUUUCUUUAAUCUUUCAUUCACGUUCUCUCUUCUCCUUUUCCCUCCUUCUCAUUUUGUCAUUUCUUCUUGCUUCCGUAUUUCUUUCUGUCUUUUUUUUUUGUUUUCUUAAUUACCGUAUUUUUUGUUUCAAUUUUUUUUCUUUCUUUUCUUUUUUUUUCCUUUUCCUCCUUCUUUAUUUUCCAUCUUUUUCUUCAUUUCCGUAUUCUCCUUUCGUAUCUCCUUUUUUCCUCUUUCUUUCCUUUACUAUUUUUGCUUUUUCUUCUUUUUCCACCUCCUCCUCCUUCUCCUUCUUCUUCUUCUUCUUCUUCUUCUUCUUCUCCUUCUUCUUCUUCUUCUUCAUCAUAGUCUCCCUUCUCCUACUAUCUUCCUCAUUCUUCUCUUUAUUCUUUCAUUUUAUUCUACGAAUGCCCUUCACCUUUUCCAUUCGUCUUUCUCGGUUUCCUUCUUUCUUAACGACUACCCUCCUUAAGAAAUAUUGGCGCAACACAAUCUUUCUAUCCCUAUUUUGGCAAUAUAUCAGGCUAAUAUUUGAAAAAAUAAAGCAUUCGGCUCCUACCGUAGCGUGA